CGAUCAGCAGUUAUUUUUAUAUUUAAAAAUUUAAAAGGUUGCAUAAAUUAGUUUUGUUUGAGUUCUUUUGUAUAAUAUUUUAUACUUAGUUUAAUGAAUAAUUUAAAUUCUGUUUGAUUUUGUUCUCUUCAGUUUGUUAAAUAAUAAAUACCAAUACUGUAAGUUACAGUCUGUAACUAUGAAUAUCAGCAAUCGCAUCAUAGUCACUCCGCUGGGAGCUGGUCAAGAUGUUGGACGUAGUUGCAUCUUAAUAACAAUUGGAAAUCGAAAUAUUAUGCUUGAUUGUGGCAUGCAUAUGGGCUAUCAAGAUGAACGCAAAUUCCCCGACUUCUCAUAUAUCACAUCUGAUGGCAAUAUUACAGACAUAAUUGACUGUGUAAUUAUUUCACAUUUUCAUUUAGAUCAUUGUGGUGCUCUAUCCUAUUUAACUGAACACCUUGGUUAUCACGGUCCUAUUUAUAUGACACAUCCAACAAAAGCAAUUGCUCCAAUUUUAUUAGAAGACAUGCGUAAACAUUUAGUCGAGUACGAAGAAGAAGCAAAAUAUUUUACAUCAAGUGCAAUUAGAGAUUGUAUGAAAAAAGUAACUGCAGUAAAUUUACAUGAAGUUGUAACUGUUAAAGAAGAUAUAGAACUGAAAGCAUAUUAUGCGGGUCAUGUAUUAGGAGCUGCUAUGUUUUAUAUUAAAGUUGGAAAUGACUCUGUGGUAUACACUGGAGACUUUUCAAUGACACCUGAUCGACAUUUAGGAGCUGCAUGGAUUGAUAAAUGUCGCCCAACAUUACUUAUAACAGAAUCAACAUAUGCUACAACAAUAAGGGAUUCAAAGCGAUGUAGGGAACGAGACUUUUUAAAAAAUGUACAUGAAUGUAUAGAUCGUGGUGGUAAAGUGUUAAUACCAAUUUUUGCUUUAGGAAGAGCUCAAGAGUUAUGUAUUCUUAUUGAUACUUACUGGGAUCGUAUGGGUCUUAAAGUUCCUGUUUAUUUUGCAGCUGGUUUAACUGAAAAAGCUAACAGUUAUUAUAAAAUGUUCAUAACUUGGACAAAUCAAAAAGUCAGACAAACAUUUGUUCACAGGAAUAUGUUUGAUUUUAAGCACAUUAAACCAUUUGACAAGACUUAUAUGCACAAUCCCGGUCCUAUGGUAGUAUUUGCAACACCUGGUAUGUUACAUGCUGGCUUAUCGUUAAAUAUAUUUAAAAAAUGGGCUCCUGAUGAAAAAAACAUGUUGAUUGUACCAGGUUACUGUGUAUCUGGAACUGUUGGUAAUAAAGUCUUGAGUGGUUCUAAAAAAAUUGAAGCUGAACCAAACAAAUUUAUUGAUGUUAAAAUGUCAGUUGAAUAUUUAUCAUUUUCAGCUCAUGCUGAUGGUAAAGGUAUCAUACAAUUAAUAAAAAACUGUGAACCUCAAAAUGUGUUAUUGGUUCAUGGUGAAGAAGAAAAAAUGAAAUUUCUCAGAGCUAAGAUAAUGCAAGAAUUUAACAUUAAUUGUUACAUGCCUGCUAAUGGAGAAACUGUAGAAAUUGAGACAGCAAACAUACAUACAUUCAAUAUGAGUACAAAAUUAGUUAAAGAAAUAUUAGAUGAUCAGUCAAAUAAUUUGGGAAAUGGAAAACGCUUAGUACAUGGAGCAUUCCUUUUAAAAAAUGGUUCUUCUAAUUUAAAUGCCAUGAGUGUAAAAGAUACUUUUAAAGAAUUAGAUAUUCAACGACAUACUUUAAGAUUUACUUGUACUGUGGAAAUCAAAGAAUCAUCUACAAUCCAAAAAACCAAAACUAAAUUGUACAAUAUGCUGGAAAAUAAUUUACCAAUUUUCAAAAACAAACUUACUAUGUCUGAUGGAUCAAUAUCAUUAGCAUCGAUUUUAGUGACUGUAGAAGAUAGUAUGGAUAAUAAUAAAAAGAAAAUUGUAAUUUCUUGGGCUAAUGAAGAUGAGCCAUUGGGCAAUCAUGUGCUUGAAAUUUUACAAAAUAUGAGCAAGUCUGAUUAAUAUAGAUAUUUGUAUUACUAAAGAUAAAGCCAAUUGAAAAUAAUUUGUAAAUUUAAUAUAUUUUAUUUUUUUAACAGUUGUAUUAACAUAAAG